GUCACAGACCGGAAAUAGUUGAGAAGAUACCCGGACGUUUCUUUUGUACAGCGUCGGAACCUUUUUUUUUUUUAAAUCGUUUUCUAGAAGUCCAAAUUAGCUAUUCAUGCUGGUUACUAAAGGGCGUAUUAUCAAACUGUAAACCAGAUAUAUUACUUACACUGACUUGGAAUAUUUCGAAGGAAACGCGAGUGCUGUCUGUUGUCGUCUCUUGGCUAGGCUAAUAUUAGCCUAGCAUUAAACUCUUGCUAGCUAAAAGCUUCAGUUUAUCUAUGUCAGAGCAGUUGGCUUGAAAUACCAACUCUUCAGGCACAAGUAAUUAUUAACAGCGAUUUCUACACACUUCCAAGAAACAUGGCAGUUGUCAACGAAGGCGCUUUGAAAAAAAUGCUAAAGCAAUACAAGUAUAGAGAUCUGACUGUUCGUGAGAUAACCAAUGUCAUCUCACAAUACAAGGACCUGAAGCCGGUUAUGGAUGCUUAUGUGUUUAAUGAUGGGUCAUCGAGAGACCUAAUGAGCUUGGCUGGCACUGUUCCUGUGAGCUAUAGAGGCAAUGUCUACAACAUCCCUGUGUGUUUGUGGUUGCUGGACACAUAUCCCUAUAACCCACCUAUAUGCUUUGUAAAACCUACCAGUACCAUGAUGAUCAAGACAGGCAAGCACAUUGAUGCCAAUGGCAAAAUAUACCUGCCGUAUCUACAUGAGUGGAAACAUCCUCAGUCAGACCUGUAUGGCCUGAUUCAGGUGAUGAUUGUUGUGUUUGGAGAGGAGCCCCCAGUGUUUUCCCGUCCCACCACGCAACCCCCCUUCCCAAGCUUUCAAGCAGCUGGACCCCCAAACUCUUCCUAUAUGCCUGGGAUGCCUGCAGUCUCACCUUACGGCCCCAAUCCGAAUCCAGGAGGUUACCCAGCAUACCAGUACCCAGCAGGAAACUCCUAUCCAGCCACAGCUGGACCUGCACACUACCCAACCCAGACUCCAGUCUCCACAGUGGGGCCAACCAGGGAUGGCACCAUUGGCGAAGACACCAUUCGUGCAUCUCUAAUUUCCGCCGUAAGUGACAAACUUCGCUGGAGGAUGAAGGAGGAGAUGGACAGAGCUCAGGCAGAGCUGGAUGCCUUGAAGCGAACAGAGGAAGAUCUUAAGAAAGGGCAUCAGAAGCUGGAGGAGAUGAUCUCAAGACUUGACCAGGAAGUGACUGAUGUUGACAAGAACAUUGAUCUGCUGAAGAAGAAAGAUGAGGAAUUAACUGAAGCCUUGGAGAAAAUGGAGAACCAAUCAGAGAACAAUGAUAUAGAUGAUGUCAUUGUGCCCACAGCUCCUCUGUACAAGCAGAUUCUGAAUCUGUAUGCAGAAGAAAAUGCAAUUGAAGAUACAAUCUUCUACCUGGGAGAGGCCCUGCGUAGAGGUGUCAUAGAUUUGGAGGUUUUCCUCAAGCACGUACGCCUUCUGUCAAGGAAGCAGUUCCAGCUUCGGGCUCUCAUGCAGAAAGCUCGUAAGACCGCCGGCCUAAGUGACCUGUACUGACCCACGAUGAUAGCUCGGAAACGUGCUUAUAUUCACACUCCUUCUAUUCUUCCUGCUGUUUAUUUCCUUUAUACAGUCUUCUUGUACACAAACCUGCUGCCUCUUUUUAACGAAAAUAUUACAAGAGAAGAAGCAUUUAUGAAGAAUUCUGAAAUGUCUGAAUGUGGCCUCUUUUAUAUUUGACACCAUGUUAGGUCACAGGCGCCAUCCAGAUAAUCAGCUACUUUGUUCGGUAAUUUGUAUACGUCAUCCUACACUCCAUCCAUUAAUAAAUUUGGUCUUUUUGGUGGACUAGAUAUUUAGUCUAGUUGGCACCUAUAGUACUGGGGAAAGACUGCUUGAAUGUGUUUUCAAGCCCUGUUUCCUUCUCCAUAUGAAUAUUUCUGAUUGUACACUAGAAAACAUCCAGAGAAGGUGCUCCACAUGACAUGAGCCAAGCCUCUGGAUUUAUGGUGUGUAAGUUGUGGGUCAUGUUUAUUAAUCUUGGAACCAUAGAGAUCAUUUUUACACAGUGGAGGUCAUGACCUACAUGGACUUUCGGUCACAUAUGGGGUAGGUACUGAGCUUUAGUUUUAUCUUCAAAAUGUCUGACCCUCUCUACAUGUUUCCCUUGUGAUAGUCCAGAGGUUUUAGGUCAUGUCUCACCAGCCCAGGCUUACACUUCAGUUUGAGUGCAUUGAACAGUCAGUUAAGUUAAAUAGUUGUACAGCCUUAGCAUUCAUAUUAAGAAAUCACAAAGGAUUCAUUCUUUCUUUUUGUUUGUUUUACUUUUCAGUACUUGUGCUAUCCACUCAUGCUCAGUCCUGCUGAGAACGUUGGGUUUUCAUUAAAAGGUUUUGAAUAAUGUUGAGGGAUAAAGGGUACAAAAAAGAACUAUUAAACUAAUCAAUAUGUUAAGUUAUGUAAAGUGUUGUCUUUCAAAUUAGCCUUUUACUAAAUGCACUUUGAAUUGUAUUAUAGAAUCUUAUUUUUUUGUUUUCAAUUCAACCGUAGGCCACCUGUUCUUUUAUAUCUGUAGAUUUAUGUAAAGCAGUAAAAAUUAAAGUUCUGAUUUAAUGA